GCAUUUUGUUUAGGAGACCACAGACAGGAAAGAGAGAGUGGGAAAGAGAGCAAGAGGAAAUUCUGCCUGCACCCAUCGGCUUGGUUUGCCAACCCUGCCUCACCUUCAAAAGGGGGCAAAUCCUGAUUUCUUAAAUUCUACCUUCUCUUCUGACUGAGGACCUGGACUUUCGGGAAACUCUUUGCUCUUAUUCCAGGACGCAUUUGAUAUAGGAAGCCAGAGCAUCUGCUUGGAGGCCAAGAGAGCCAGGUGAGCAGCGACGCUACAGUUUGCAGAGCCUCAGUUCCCGACUUCAGAAUUUCCACAUUGAGUAGUCAACAGUGGAAAUCCGAAGAGAUGCAAGCAGGAAAAAGAAAUUAAACCAGGCCUGAAGAGCAAUGCGACAGGCAUGAUGGAGGUCGAGUCCUCCUACUCGGACUUCAUCUCCUGCGACCGGACAGGCCGUCGGAAUGCGGUCCCUGACAUCCAGGGCGACUCUGAGGCUGUGAGCGUGAGGAAGCUAGCUGGAGACAUGGACGAGCUGGCACUCAAGGGGCCAGAAGGGCAGGCAGAGGCGAGCUCCCCAGACAAGGCGGCCAGCAACCAGCCCGAGAGCAGCGACGGGACCACCUCACCUUGAAUUUGACCUAGCCCAGGGAGGCUGGAAGAGAAAAACCUGCUGUCUCCUCCCAGAAGGGGUGUCUUGGCCAUGACCCGGCAGCCUCUUCUGAGCCCUAUGUCUCCGUGCCCGACUGAGUGGCACCCCCAGAGGCCACCCUGGCCCCUCCCCUGGGAAAGUCCUCUGCCCACACCCACAGGCUCCACGUCCCCCCCAUCCCCUGCUCCUCACCGUGCCCAGGUCCACUUUCUAGACACUGUAAUUUAUUCAGCCCACAUUGUGAUGUGGGAGCUGGGCCCUGCCUACCCCUGCGAACACUCCACCCAGGGAUGCUUUGCCCACAGCUCCCACGGGUCUGAACCACAUUCCAGCACUGACCCCUUUCUUUCCAUCCCUAACCUUCUGGGUCAAGACCUUAUCCCUUUUUUAAAAAGAUACUUUUAAACUUUUUAAAUAAAUCAAACUUUUUUUCUGCAGAGAGGGAAGGAGCUGACAAUUCAAAUUGGCGGUGGGGGUGUUGGGGGGGGAGCCAUUUUAAGCUAAGCCCUUUGACCAUCUAUGCAGCUCUGAGGUUCCCUCAUGGGGCUUCACGUAUCCAUUUUUAGGGAAGGGAUUCUGUGCUCAAAACUAUCUGACUCCUUGCCCUUUUGACCAAGAUAAGUGACUCCUAGAAUCCAGGAAAUAAAUGCUGGUGAUUUGUGUGA